AUGAGCUUUUCAAAAGGAGAUAUUGAAAGAGGCGCCAAACUAUUUAAAACUAGAUGUGCUCAAUGCCAUACAGUAGAAAAGGGCGGGCCGCAUAAAGUUGGACCAAAUCUUCAUGGAGUUUUUGGACGAAAAACAGGACAAGCAGAAGGCUAUCAAUAUACUGAAGCUAAUAAGCUAAAAUCUAUUGUAUGGUCUGAAAAUACAUUAUUUGAAUAUCUAGAAAAUCCAAAAAAAUAUAUUCCAGGAACAAAAAUGGUAUUUCCUGGAUUUAAAAAAGCUUCAGAUCGUAAUGAUAUAAUUACAUAUUUAAAGGAAGCAACUGCAUAG